AUUCUUAAAAUAAAUAUGUGUUUAAGUAUUGUAAUCCUGUGCUAUUUGAGCAAAGUUUUGCAUGUUUUUUCUAGCUGAAUCAUUAAUUUCUUGUGGCUUUCCCAGUGUGUGAAUUUAAUCAAAUCAGCACGGGAAGUAGCCAUUCUCGUUACUAAAUGCUACCAUCCUCCUGCUAAAACUAUCAACAUAUUCUCUUAUUUAUAGAGUGGUCUUUUGCAAAAUGAAAAGGUAAGAAAUGUGCACAGUUCAGUAACACCAUGCCAACAUAGUCAUCACAACAAGGUCUGACCCAAAAGUUUACAUGCCCUGACACACUUUCCAUUCAGUCAGAUAUCCCUUUUGUCCUCAAUGUUUGGCUGCAACCUGCAUUUCUAGUAUCUGUAGAUCUGAUAUGACGGAUAUAAUUUAAUUAUUGACUUGAUGACAUGAAAUUUACGAUGGAGACUGUAGAAAAUAGAACCUACUUCACUUUUGAGAUCUUAGUUGUUCUAGAAUAAUAAAUAAUUACAGAGCAUUUUUACAAUGCAAUAAAAUCAUUUCUCAAUUUGAAGCAUGUUUCUCCAAAUUAUUCCCAAGAUUUUCAAUUAAUUUUCUAUCAUACCAUCUUUGAUAACUACACAGUUCCAACUCUGUGUCUCCAGUUCUCUAAUAAUGAAAGAUCAUCGAGACAUUGGUUGUAUGAGAAAAUAUAGUCCCAUAGGCAAAUAAGAGAAAAGAGUAAGUUACCAUAAAGACAAACUGUCUCGGAGGAAAACCCUACGAAUUCAAGGAAAAAAGUUUUUAUAGUAGAGACUAUGACAUACAGGUUUGGACUGUAUAUGCAGAGAUUAUUCAGAACAAUGAUGGAGAUGUGCUUCAUUUAUCCAGAUGUAUGUUUAUUGGUUUUUUUUUAAAGAUUCAAUCAAGAGUUUAGGUGGUUUUUAAAUACACAUUUUGUUUUGCUUUGUCCUGAUUUUAAAUUCAAGCUCACGAAGUGUGAAAGAAAACCCAAAUUACUGUCAUUUUUGGACAAAUCUUUGACCUUGCACCACUUGAGUCAUGCUCAGAAUUUUCUUUUAAAAUUUUAUGUUUUUAUUGUUGACGUUAUCACUGCAUGGCUGAGGCAGUACCUGAACCUAGCUCUGUUUGUUCAUGGGUUAUGUGUAAAACCAGCUAUGACAAAGAUAAUUAUUAAAAAAAAAAAUAAAAGUUCUUCAUUUUAAAUUAAAAAAACUUAACAUGAAUAUUUUAUUUGACAUUAAUGGGAAACUAAAUUGCAUUUCCAGGCUUACAAACUCUGACAUUGAUUUAUAUAAAGUUAAAAGGUUACAAGUCUAAAGGAAUUUUUUGUUUUUUAUCUUGUAGGGUGUAAGUAGGAGAAUUUUACUCUAUAGAAUGUUUUCUUUUCUAACCUAAACAUUUGGACUUUUAGCAAGUAUCAGGUUUAUUAACAAGAACAACAGAAACUGACAAACUCCCUUUAAAUAUCUUUAAGCUCACCAAACCACCAGUUUGAAGCUUUAGAAAAUUAUUUAAACAUUUGGGUCCAUAGAAACCUGGAAGAAACAAGGGUUAUGUUUUUUGGUUAAUUAUAUAUAUUUUUUAUCUCCAAAAGUAUUUCUAUUAACAUUAAUUGGGGAACACCCUCUGAAACUUUGAUUCCCCUCUGUCUGUUCCCAGAUGAGAAUUUCAUUCUCAAACAUGACAAAGCCUUCCUGCUGUCCAUGGCCAAUCGUGGGAAGAACACCAAUGGCUCCCAGUUUUUUAUAAACUCUAGCAUCCUGCUCUUCCAAGCACAACUAAAAUGGCUCCUCACCUUGAUGGCGUCCAUGUUGUCUUCGGCCUCGUCAUCUCUGGGUUUGAAGUGAUAAAGAAGAUCGAGGGACUGAAGACUGAUUCAGCAAGCAGACCCUACGCUGAUGUGAGAGUGGUCGACUGCGGACAGCUGAUCACAAAGUCUGCGAAUGAUGUGCUUGAGGGCAAGCGGAAAAGGACUUCAUCCAUCAACUCCAAUGACUUGUCCAAUUUUUCAUCAUCUGAAAGUGAAUCAGAAGAAAAGCUCAAACAUCAAAAGCGACUGGCAAAAAGUAAACCAUCUAAAAAGAAAAGGAAAGAAGGAAAGAAGGUCAAGAAAGCUGAAAAUGUGCCUUCUAAUCAAAGGUGUGCAGAAAAAGAGACGGCAGAAGGUGAAAGUAAACCUGAAAAGGAGAAGGAAACGGGUGGGAAGAGGGAGAAGCCUGUUGUUCGGCCUGAGGAAAUCCCACCUGUGCCAGAGAAUCGCUUCCUGCUACGACGGGACAUGCCAACGCAAGAGGACAAAACAGAACCUCUUGAGAAAGAAGAAGCUGGUCCUUUAGCUGAACAGAAACCAGCGGUGACAAAGUCUGGACGGAAGAUCAGAGGCAGAGGAACAAUUAGAUAUCACACUCCAACCAGAUCUAAAUCACGCUCUACAUCUGUUGAAGAGCGUGGGGGCAGUGAAACUCCACCACACUGGAAAGUGGAAACAAAGAGAGCCAAAGUUUUUCCUCCCCAGAGCCCGGAAAGGUGGAGCAAAGGAGACAAACUUAAAGAGCGUUCUUCAAGCAAGUGGGAUAAUAGAAGCAAAUCUCCUCAGUCUUACUCUGGUGAACUUUCCUCAGACCAAAGCUCUGAGAGGUCAAGCCAGCACCGGCUUCCAAAAAAGGAGAAGAAAAAAGCCAAACGCAAGAAGAAAGCCAAAAAGCGCAAACAUGGCAAGAAGAAAAGCUCCAAGAACAAAUCUCGAGAACACUACGACUCAGAGGGUGAAAAAUCAGCAACUUCUGCUGGGAGGUCCAGAUCCCGAUCAGCGACCCAGUCUCCCUCAAGUGAACAUCGUUCUUCUGGCAGGAGAAGGCGGAGAUCCUCCCUGUCUUUUUCUAAAUCCUACUCCAGGUCCUACACAUCCAGUCGAUCCAGAUCACGAGGAAAAUCCAGGUCUUAUUCGAAGUCCAGAAGCUUCUCUAGAUCACGAAGUCGGUCUUUGUCUGGAUCCAGGUCUCGGUCUUAUUCUCAGUCUCGGUCAAGAUCACGGUCAAGGUACAGAUCAAGAUCCCGGUCAUCUUCUCAGUCCAGGUCGAGAUCAGGGUCUAGGUACAUGUCCAGAUCCCGAUCUUUGUCCUCUAGAAAAAGGAGUUUUUCCAGAUCUCCAAGGAAGAGGAAGACAACCAAACCCAAAGUGGAUGCAAUGAUGCCUGUGACUGGGAAGGUCCAAGAUAAAAAGAUUACACCUGUUCCCAUACUGCCAGCUCUCCCAGUAGCUGAAACAGUUCCUGUGAUCCCACUGAGUGACAGUCCUCCUCCUUCUCGUUGGAAACCAGACCAGAAGCCCUGGAAGCCCUCCUACAUUCAUAUUCAAGAAAUCAAAGCUAAAGUUAUGCACAGUAAGCCCUCUACCCCUGGUCCGGCAGGGGACGGCUUCUCCAAAAAAACUCGCAUACCGAAGUCCAUACUAGAAGAUGUUGAAGAAAAGUCAGCUCACAAAACAUCACACAGCGAGUCCUCCAGAAGCAAGUCCUUCAGUCGCUCCAGGAGCCGUAGUUCUAGCAGGUCCAGGUCAAGAUCGGGCGAGCCGUACCAGAGCAAGUCAUCCUCCUGCGACAGAUCAGACUCUGAAAAGGAUCAAAAAGUAGGAAGCAGCAAGAAGAAUUCAUUAGACAAAGAAUGGAAGGAGUACUACAGUUCUCUCAACAGAAUAAAAAAUUUAGAUAAGUAUAUUUUGGCCAACAAAAGUCAAGACGGACUCUCGGGUUCAGGAAAAGAAGUGAGCAGUGAGCAUAGCCCUGAUUUUAGUGCCUCUUUAGAGAACAAAAGAGAGAGGGGAAACUCUGAAGAGCAAGAAGCAAAACGUUACUCUUCACUGGCAGAGGAAAGCUUCAAAAGCCGCUCUGAGUGGGAUAGUGACAGUGACAAAGCUACCCAAAGCAACACUGCAACUGAGGCACAAGCGGUCCAGUCCAGCACGAUCCUGGCGACCGGAUGGGAUUCAGACAGAGAUUCUGAGAAUCCAGCAGACCGAAAAAAGUUUAGUUCUGAAAAAGAGGAAGGAGAAGCGAGUUCUGAAUCAGACUAUGAGGCCUUGAAGAAGACGUCAAAAGCCGUGACCGAGCUAGGAUAUAAAGUUGCUGCGGCGGUAGCGGCCGCUUCCUCUUCUUGUCCCUCAGAUGAUAGUGCUCAUAAAGUUGUACAACCGGAGCGCAAGAAGAGCAAGAAAAAAGCCAAAAGGAAGCAUAAACACAAGAAGAAAGGAGAGAGUAAGAGCAGUUCUCAUCAUGGGAAGGACAAAGCUAAAAAGUCCAAGAGAAAACACCAGAAGCUGAAAGAGACUUUCCAUUGGCAACCACCGUUGGAGUUCGACGAGGAGGAAGAGGAUGACAAAUCUAAAAGGGAGAGCCGUAGUCCUGGUAGAGAGGUUGAAGAAAACAUGGGUGAAGACUUUAACAAAAAUAACCAAGAUUCAGCUGAUUUGAAUAAGAAACCUGUAAAAGAAGAAGAAGAAAAGAUUCAACUGAGAUCCAAAGAAAACAUUGAAAGCACAAAUCACUCUGAGCGAGCAUCCAACCAGAACAGCGUCAAAGACCAAGAUUCUUUAGAUGAUAUGGAAAUCUGCACCCCGGAACACAAUGUUGACAUCAUUGAACACCCUGUUACUCCUGAUUUGUCCAACACUGCCACUAAAUUAACCCUAAGUUCUACCUCAAAAUCAUCAGUAGUGGCAAGCACUGAUGAUGCAUUGCCUCAGAGCAUAGCCCAGGCUGAUGUCACUUCCUCAUCAACAACUGCUACACCACAGGAAGAAACACCUCCUGGCAGAGCUGUCAUAAACUUCAAAUGGAAGCCAUUAAAACGAAUGCCAGUCACACCAGAGGUGAACGUCCAGGCCGUCAUGGUGAAAAGCAAGCAAAACAACGAGAGCAUCCAGCCUCUGGGCAUGCAGGGAGUGAAAAUGGAGAUCAAGAGUACAAACCGAGUCCGACCGGGUUCGCUGUUUGAUGAGGUUCGUAAAACGGUACGGCUCAACCAGAGGCCACGAAACCAGGAGAGUUCAAGUGAGGAAAGAUCCUCACUUGAAAGAUCUGUGGGGAAGGCCAGAGGUGCAUCGCGCUCGCCAAAGAAGUCCAGCUCUGCAUCGAGAAAGUCUCGCUCUGCUUCCACCCACCGUUCCCGUUCCAGAGGCUGGUCUCACUCCUACAGCAGAUCCAGAAGUAGAUCCCGUAGCUACAACUACUCCUCCAGGAGCCGCAGCCGGAGUCGGAGAACCCGCAGACGAAGAUCUCGCUCUCGCAGCAGCACAUAUCGAAGUUACAGCAGGCAUAGUCGGUCGUACAGUAGAAGUCCCUCCAGAAGCCACUCACAUCAUCGCCGUCGGAGGUCCAAGUCCGACUCCUAUGACAGCUAUUCCAGUAGAAGUCGGAGCGUGAGCAGGAGACGAGGGCGGAGGCGAAGUGAGAGCUAUAGGAGCUCUGUGCGCCGCUCACGGUCGUCCCGCUCUUCAAGUCGCAGUUCUUCCAGGCACAGGCGCAGCCGCAGCAGUCGCUACAGCUGAGCCUCGCCUCAGCUGACACACCGACGGCCUGCUCUCAUGGAGGGUUCUUCAUAUUUUUAUACUGUGCUAAGGUUCAUUAUGUGAGAUGAAGGGAUGAUCAUUAUUGUAAUGAAUGUGAAUAUAUCUUGACAGCAAUCAGUAGAGCAUCUAGUUACUCUGCUGAAAUUUUACAUGCUUGCUGUGAGAGAGGAGUCAAAAAUUAACAUUGUCAUAUAUUUAUGUGUUGUUUAACAUUUUCUUCUUAUAAGCUAAAUGGUGCAAUUAUUAAAACAUAAAAAAACAUCUUUAAUGUGUUUGAGCAGGAAAAGGUUACUUUUUCGAGAUGAGGUAAAAUCUGUGUCUAAAAGUCCUUGUAAUAAUUUGUUGUCUCUGAAUGAACAGAUGAAUGUAGAAGCUGUACCUAAAGUAUAUUAUCUCAGACUUUUGUUUUUAAUGACUUUUAUUAAAUAUCACCACUCUUUGAA